UGCCCCGGAUAUAUUUAUUAUUUUUGCGCCUUCUUCUUCCCUAUUUAUGUCUUAAAAAUUUUCAUUUAGAUUUAUACCUCUAAAAAGCUAUCAUUUCCUCUCUCUAAAUUUAUAUCGAACUAUCUAUCGUCACGCGAACAAGUUUAUUUGUCAAGAAUUCAUGUCGGACAAGGGUCGGCCAUUGCCAAAAUUUGGUGAAUGGGAUGUCAAUGAUCCUGCAUCAGCCGAAGGAUUUACCGUGAUCUUUAACAAGGCAAGGACGAGAAGAAAACCGGAGGAAAAGUUGAACCACCUUCAGGAGGUGAUAAUAAUGGCAAGCCUGGAGCAGAAGCCACCAAAACCCAACCUAAAAAAUGGCUUUGCUGCAUGGCAGCUCCGCCGGCGGAAUCUUAAAAUAGUCCUGCCUGUAAUAGAGCUUUUCCACAAGAAUGUUCAAAACUCCACCAUCCCAAACAAGAUAGAACCCUAUAGGGCUGUAAUAAGCCCUUCUGGAAUUUUUAUGUUUUUUUUUUACUUUUUUAAUAUUUACUUUUUGGUGUAAAAUUUGAUUUUGGUGGGAUGAAAUUUGAUUAGUCAUCUGAUCGAAUCAGAUGUAAGAAAGCUCUGUUAUUACAUAAGAUAACUGAAAUAUCACAAGGCCUCUCAUUC